UCCUUACUGUUGUGCAGCAGCUGCCUGAUCAUGGUGACGAUGAAGAUGAAGAUGCUGACUGCAACCACCAUGCAAGUCCCCGUGCUGCUACUUUUAACCCUCCUAACCACUUGCAAUGGCAUCCUCCCUGAUACAGUGGACUCAGGAAUUAGCCACAUCUUUGACAAUUCUAUUCCAGAGGACCACAUAUUGGUGCAAAGGGAGCAACUGGACCAUGAUGAGCAGCUAGAAACUGAGCAGCAAGAGAAAAGCAUUGCUACAACAACUGUCCCGGACACUGAGCCGGACAACCACAUUGACACUGGCUGUGUCAUCACUGAGGAUUGUGGGAAGGGGAGGUACUGUCUUUUGGAGAAACACAACUCCAAGUGUCAAGCUUGCAAGGACACUGACGUGCCCUGCGCUAAAGAUGAGGAAUGCUGUGACACUCAGUUGUGUGUUUGGGGUCAGUGCAGUCCAAAUGCAACCAAAGGACACGCAGGGAGUACAUGCCAGCAUCAAGACCAGUGCAGCCAGGACCUCUGCUGUGCCUUCCACUCAGCCCUGCUCUUCCCAGUCUGCUCUGCUAAGCCUAUUGAGCGAGAGCGUUGUUUUCCUGCCUCCACCCAACUGACAGCGGAUAAAUCCCCCAAGAAACACUGUCCCUGUGCAGGGGAUCUCCACUGCCAGCAUCUGGGGCGAGGCUCCAUGUGUCUUCAAGCAGUCCACUCGAGUGAAGAGGACCUGACGGACAGCCUUUACUCAGCCAUAGACUACGUCCUGUAAAUGCUUUGCAGACCUAUACAAGAGAAACACAGCAUGAAAUGUGUUUUUCAUGCUUACCUUAGGUUUAAAAGUCUGUUUUGUUAGUCAGUGAAUAGCCUUUUGUAGGUGACUGGCCUGGAGGGUUCACUGGACACUCAUCAGGCCCAAGCAGGGUUUGUAACCCCACUAAUAAUAUGCACUCAACUUUAUGCACUUAAACAGUAUAUAAAAUGUAUUGCACAAUUAAAAGUUGUACAAAUUCAAUCACUGUUGCUGAUAUCAAGGAUGAGUUGUAUAUAUACAAAUAUGUAAUGUAUGCCAGCUGGCGCAGCUGUGCGACAGUAUGUUCGCAUACCUCACUCCCUGACACCUUUAAGAGUUGCGCUGUACAACGAGCUCACAUCUUGGGCUUUUGGCUUGUUGCCCAUCGCACUCGAUUUAACCUGUGCACUCCAGUUCGAUCCCCGUGUAAAUCAAAAACAUUGCGACAAACGGUAUAGAAAAUGACCAAAAAAAUUAAAUGAUGCAGGGCAGAUGAACCACAAUAAUAAACAAUGCACUAACAGAACAUUGUAUCCCAUACAUAAUCAAAGGUAAGUAUAUAGCAUAUUAACAUUAAUAUGCAAUAGUAUAUUAUCAUUAUUCGAUUUAUAUCUGCAUUUGCUGGAGGUGUUUUGUUUACAGG